AUGUUUUCAACCGUCCUUCCAGAAGGACGUCAGGGUAAUAUGUUGUCAUUUUGCAUUCACAGAAAAGGAUGUACACUGAUGGAACUUUUGGACAUGUUAGAAUCAAAAGAUGAGGAAAUACCUAAUACUGGUGUGAAUGUAACAUCACACCCUCCUCUAAAUUCAACUGAUGACAUAACAGAUGAAGAUUCGGGUGCUGAAGAAAAUCCAAGUGGAGAUAAAUUAACAGCAAGUCAGUUCAAUGCUACUGCGCUUUGUGAUUUAGCCAUUUCUACCAAUGGUAAUGCUGUGAAUGCAACAAGGAAACAAUCCUUUACCUCUGAUGUUGUUCCAGGACCCUGCAGCAGUACAAAAACAGCAACAAUAACAACAACAACCACAAACAAACCAGCAAGGCUAUCAAAGAAUAAAAUUCUAAACCUCAAGAAAUAUAACUGGAAAAGUGGUGAAAUAGUUGAUCCAACAAUUGUAUGGCCUCUAAUGUUAACAGUUGCAAUGAAGGAAGGGCGAAUACUGCUUGAAUAUUUCCAACAGUUUUUUGCUAACGAAGUGCUUCAAAUGAUGGUCACUUACACAAAUCAGUACGCAGCCAAGAGAAAUAGAGUAGGUGAUUGUUCAGAAGAUGAUAUGUUGGUGUUUAUUGCCAUACUUCUGCUAAGUGGAUACGUAACAGUGUCAUGCAGAAAGAUGUACUGGCAAUCAGAUAAAGACAGUCACAAAGACCUCGUAACAAAUGCCAUAUCCAGAGAUCGAUUUGACUUUAUCUUUUCCAAUUUGCAUGUAUGCAACAAUGACAAUUUAGAUAAAUCAGACCAUUUUGGGAAACUUCAUCCAUUACUGUGUAUGCUGAAUGAUAGAUUCAAACAAUUUGCACCUCACAUGCGGCAUCAUUCUGUCGAUGAAUCGAUGGUCUCAUACUUCGGAAGUCACGGGUGCAAACAAUUCAUAAAAGGGAAACCAGUCCGAUGCAGGAUCAAAUUUUGGUGUGGAGGCAAAAGUGGUGGAUAUAUUAUUUGGCUCGAACCCUACCAAGGAGCUGGCACAUGUGGUAAGGAUUAUGAAAUGAAAGGUAUGGGGUACAGUAUGGUAAUGACUUAUGUUGACCAGUUACUUCAACAUGUUCCAUAUCAAAUAUAUUUUGAUAACCUCUUUACCAGCGUUGAACUACUACAUGACCUAAAAGAGAGGGGCAUGGAAGCAACAGGAACAAUAAGAGGAAACAGAGUUAAGAAUUGUACUCUAUCAUCUGUAGAUAAAAUGAUAAAAGAAACUAGAGGAUCAUAUAAAGUUUGUUCUGACUCACCAUCCGGGAUUUCCAUUGUACGUUGGAAUGACAACAAUGUUGUUACUGGAGCCACCAACUUUGACAGAGUGCAACCACUAUGCUUUGAAGCAAUAUUUUCCAGGUAA